UUUUCCGCGCGCUCGCGCGCUUUGCGUAAUACUCAAUGAAUGCUCAGCCCACGUCCCGCGCUGGAACUGUUCCUGGAUUAAAAAACCGCCCUGGUUCUCCUGAGGACCGCUUCCGGUUGGGAGGCCUGUCACGUGGGGCCUGUCACGUGAGCCUCGCCGGGGCAUGGGGGGCAGCGGGAAGCCCCACAGUUUGAGUAUUAAUUAUGUAACUGUCCAAACCCGUGAGUCCGGACUCAGACAGGGCCUCGCUCCUAGCUGCGAAGCCUGUCAGUCAGCGUCCUGCUCAUUAAUGAUUGUCUAAUACAAAGCCUGCCGUACCUACCUCAUGGGGUAAUUGUGAGGGCAACAUAAGGUCCUGUCAUUAGGAAAGAGACUCAGUUUCCAGCAGCAUUUCGAUCGGCCUUUCGAUCGGCCUUCUUCCUAAGAGGUCCACAUUUUAAUUGGUUUCUCAAAUGGUUUGGGUUUCCCUUAUUCCAUACUAAACAGACGCCUUCGCUUUGAUUUACUUAUUUCGGUGAUCAGUCAUGAAGUCCAGACUUCUUGUUCCCCUCAGUUUGUUUGUUCUCAGGUCUUAAGAUUUGUACGCCAAUAGUUUCCUGCAAAGUGUAAAGUGAGGAUGGCAAUACUAGUACUAUUUAAUACAGUUUGGGAAUGGUAAAUGAGAGUGUGGAUUAAAUGUAGUCAGAUAUUUGUGUGUCACCUACUAGAUGCUGGAGAAGUGAACAAAAGUCUUCACUGUCACCGAGCUUAUAUUCUAGUGGGGGAAAGAAACCAAUUAGUAUAUAGUACAAUGGCAGCUUGUUACAUGUCCCGUAGACUAAACAGUAAAGCAGGGUAAGGAGAGGAAGAAGGAAUAAGGUAGGGUGCUGAUUUAUAUAGGGUGGUCAGGAGGGGCUCUGAGAGGAUGACACUGAACAAAGGCCUAAAAUUAAGUGAGGACCUGAACUCUGAUUACUUGGGAGGAAAUGACCUUCUGAUGUAUGGAACAACUGCAGAGGCCCCAGGCAGGAACAAUCUUGGCAUGCUUUAGGAAGAGCAAGGAGUUUGCAGCACAGGGAGAGCGGGAAAGUGGUAGGAAAUAAGGUCAGAGAGGUAGGUAGAGCUUUAUCCUAGUGCCAUGGAAGCCGUAGUAUAUGCUUCCAAUUUUUGAUUGUAUUCUAGGCAUGAAGGAAAGCCAUUAGAAGUUGAGUGUAGAAUAGUUUUACAUUUACAUUUAAAGCAAUAUUCCAGCUGUUGUGUAUGUAUGAUUAUUUUCUCCUCUUGCUUCGUUCUUUGCAGUCUAGAUACUUUGCGGAGUAAAUUGAAAUCUUCAGCUACGCUGUUUCCGCCAUCUUUCCGUGCUGUGGUAAUGGUGCGCAUAAAUAGCCUGGCUGAUGCUCUCAAGAGCAUCAACAAUGCCGAAAAGAGAGGUAAACGCCAGGUGCUUAUUAGGCCGUGCUCCAAAGUCAUCGUCCGGUUUCUCACUGUGAUGAUGAAGCAUGGUUACAUUGGCGAAUUUGAAAUCAUUGACGAUCACAGAGCUGGGAAAAUUGUUGUGAACCUCACAGGCAGGCUAAACAAGUGUGGCGUGAUCAGCCCCAGAUUUGAUGUGCAACUCAAAGGUCUAGAAAAAUGGCAGAAUAAUCUGCUUCCAUCCUGCCAGUUUGCUUUCAUUGUACUGAGAACCUCAGCUGGCAUCAUGGACCAUGAAGAAGCGAGACGAAAACACACAGAAGGGAAAAUCCUGGAAUUCUUUUUCUAGGGAUGUAAUACAUAUAUUUACAAAUAAAAUGCCUCAUGGACAAAAAAAAAAAAACAAACAAAAACAAA